UCUGGGGAAGCCGGGAGGCAGUGGCAGGAGGAGGUGGCGGCGGUGGUAGUGGUGGGCUCCUGCAUGACCGACCUAGUCAGGUCAUUCCUUCCUUUGCUAUGAAUCAUCUCUGAGAAUCUGUAACAAGCACGUCAUUGUCAAGAAGUUAAAAGCAAUUGAUAAGUUGUUCUGCUAACAUCUGUCAGUGAAAUAACUCGGAACACAAAACCCAGGCAUUUAAGGAGUUGACAAGUAUUAUUAAACCUGUUUUGCAAGAGAAGAAGCUGGUUCAAAGAGGGGAAAGCUGUCAAAGGUGAUACAAUCAUCUUACUCCUCGUUUGCCAAAAACUGGAGAAACCAUCCAUGGACAUAAGUUUUUCAUUGGCUUUGGAGGGAAAGGUGCCAACCAGUGUGUCCAAGCUGCUAGGCUCGGAGCAAGGACUUCCAUGGUGUGCAAGGUUGGCAAAGAUUCUUUUGGCAAUGACUAUAUAGAAAACUUAAAACAGAAUGAUAUUUCUACAGAAUUUGCAUAUCAGACUGAAGAUGCUGCUACAGGAACUGCUUCUAUAAUUGUUAAUAAAGAAGGCCAGAAUAUCAUCGUUAUAGUGGCUGGAGCAAAUUUACUGCUGAAUACCAAAGACCUGAGGGAAGCCACCGAUGUCAUUAGAAGAGCCAAAGUCAUGAUCUGCCAGCUAGAAGUAACUCCAGCAACUUCUCUGGAGGCCCUAACAAUGGCUCACAGCAGUGGAGGUCCAGAGUGCAUUGGCGUUACUAAACACGUAAGUCAGAGGACCUGGGCAGAGGAAAAGAAGACCAAGGAAUCUAGUUGGGUACUCUGGUGGAUAAUGAAAACAUUGUUCAAUCCAGCUCCUGCCACUGCUGACCUGGACUCCCGGUUCUACACCCUCUCAGAUGUGUUCUGCUGCAAUGAAAGUGAGGCUGAGAUUCUAACUGGCCUUGCGGUCAGCAGCCCUGCCGACGCUGGGACGGCUGCACUGGUGCUCCUGGAAAGGGGCUGCCAGGUCGUAAUCAUCACCUUAGGUGCUGAAGGAUGUGUGAUGCUGUCUAAGACAGAACCUGUUCCAAAGUUUAUCCCCACAGAGAAGGUCAAGGCUGUGGAUACCACGGGCGCUGGUGACAGUUUUGUGGGAGCUUUGGCCUUCUACCUGGCUUACUACCCAAAUCUGUCCUUGGAAGAAAUGCUCAAGAGAUCCAAUUUCAUCGCAGCCGUCAGCGUCCAGACUGCAGGAACACAGUCAUCGUACCCACACAAAAAAGACCUGCCACUUGAUCUGUUUUGAUUGCUGUUAAAUCCAAAAUAAAUAUGCCUGGAAAUAAAAUGUACUUGGGGGUGGCCACUCUUAACGAGCAGCAUACUAUAAAAUGUGCUCUUCUCCUUUCUUUGCAAAUAUUAUGUUCAUUUACUUCUUUAAAAUGAUUACUUCUUUACGUUUCAUGCAAGAGCUAACCAGAAUUAAGGACUCCAUAACCAGGACCCACACAAACAUUACCGCUAUUCAUGAACCAGCAAACUCAACUUCCAACAGAUCAUGAAUACUACCGUAUGACUUAUAUUCAUCUUUUGUUCUCGGUAUAUAGUAUUACAAUUUUAAUAGUUUUUUCCUUUCUUAAAAUGUGUAUACAUUUUUGGGGGCACCCUCUGUAUAUAUGUACGCCAUACAGACAAGAGUCAGAGCAGAGAAUGUUAAACAAGGGGACAUAUGCACUGGACCACUCAAGCAGUUUCUAAGGGGGGCAGCUGAUAUUCAGCUCUGGCUUUCGUAUUGUCAAAGCUUCUGGUUUUGCAAGAGAAGCCAGAAGUUUUGGAUAUUUAUUGAAAUCUUUCAAUGUUUAAGUAUCAGCAACUCAUUUUUUAAAAACGUAAACACCACCUGUGGGCCACAUUUCAGCCCAUGUGCUGAAUCGAAAAGUCAUUUGUUCAGCCAGAUUUUACAUUUAGAAAAAAAAAGGCAAUCCAUGCAUGUCACAGAUCCUUUACAUUGGGCUUAGCUAGUAGGAUCAAGGGAAAGAUUUUUCUUGUAACUCAAGACGCUUAUGUAUAGUUUCAAUCUAAAAAUAGCCAAGAUCUUACCCAUUACUGCUUUGAACCAGAGCUUUAACAAAACAUGCCAGAAAAUAGUUGACGGACUAUAAUGCCACAAGCCUCUAAGACUCAACAACUGCCUACAUCUAAUUCCAUUUCCAGAGAGCUGCUCUUGCAUUUCCUCUGGAGACACAGAUUGGGCCGCAGGGAGGGAACACCUGUUGUUUUGGAAUAGUAUUGGUUUCUUAAUGCUGUGGUUAUGGAGGGCACUCUCAUUUUCCCACACAAAUGCUUUAAAUGGGGUAGGAUAUGAACCAGCAGCGCUCCAAACAUGAGCCGAUCCUUCUUACCUUCAGCCAGAAAUCUGACAAGUGAGAAAACCAGGCAAUUUUGAAAAUUUGUGGGAAGCAAUAGCUUGAGUAAGAAAGUGUAUAGACCUGGGUAGGCAGGAGCCCUUAUUCGAACGUUAGGAUUUUCAGUGGAAUUUCCAGCUGGAUGGCUGCAUGGUAACUCCCUGCCACAGAACUCUCGCUGUGGCUUUAUGGAAGUAACAUCAGUAUAGUGCCACUUAUUUAAAAAAAAAAAAAA